CCUCACGCACGCACGUACGUCCCGUGACGUCGGCACGUCACGCUGUCCCGGCGGCCGGGCCGGAGGAGGAGGAGAAGGAGGCGGCGGGCGGAGCGGGAGCGGUGUGAGGCGACCGGGCCGGCGGUGUGUGGAGAAGCUGAAGGCCACGGCGUGUCCCCGGGCAGGAGCAGCGAGGAAUGAGCCAGCCCCGGGAGCGGGGACCUGCCACCCCAGCCGGGGACAGCUGAGGAGGGGACACCUCACUCGGGGCAUGCUCCAGUAGGAUUCCUCAGAAAAAGAUGGCCGGCUGUGGGGAAAUCGACCACUCCAUCAACAUGCUGCCCGCCAACCGCAAGGCCAACGAGUCCUGCGCCGCCCCCGCCCCGUCCCUGCCCGUGCCCGAGUGUGCCAUCUGCCUCCAGACCUGCGUGCACCCCGUCAGCCUGCCCUGCAAGCACGUCUUCUGCUACCUCUGCGUCAAGGGAGCCUCCUGGCUGGGGAAACGCUGCGCGCUCUGCCGCCAGGAGAUCCCCGAGGAUUUCCUGGACAAGCCCACCCUGCUCUCUCCCGAGGAACUGAAAGCGGCCAGCAGAGGGAACGGGGAGUACGCCUGGUACUACGAGGGCAGGAACGGGUGGUGGCAGUACGACGAGCGCACCAGCAGGGAGCUGGAAGAUGCCUUUUCCAAGGGUAAGAAGAGCACUGAGAUGCUCAUCGCCGGGUUUUUAUACGUAGCUGAUCUGGAAAACAUGGUUCAGUACCGGAGGAAUGAGCACGGACGGCGCAGGAAAAUCAAAAGGGACAUCAUAGAUAUCCCAAAGAAGGGGGUGGCCGGGCUGAGGCUGGACUGUGAGGCCGUCACCCUGGCCCGGGAGAGCUCGGCCGACGGGGCAGACAGCAGCCCGGCCCCGGGGGCCACCGCCGGCCAGGCCCCGGCCACUGUCCCCGCCAGGCCCCUGCCAUCGCCGGGCGCUCAGCUGGGGAGCCCCUCCACGCCCUCCCCCGAGGCCAGCGACUCCCUGGAGAACUCUUUGGCCCACCUACAGAUCAAUGGAGAGAGCGUGGCCGAGAGGAGCCACCGGGGAGAGGGGGAAGAAGAGCAGGAGUCAUCGUCCUCGGGCCGGGCGGCGGCCCCCGACACCUCUCUGGAGGAGACGGAGUGGGACGGCAGCAGCGACGGGGAGGAGGUGGGUGCCCCCCAGCAGCACCCAGCCCCACAGAGACACUGGGAGGCCAGCGCGGGCCAGGCGGGGGCGGACGGCGCGGUGGCCGGGGUGGCCAGGUCCAGGAGGCCGGACGGACAGUGCACGGUCACCGAAGUUUGAAUCUAGAGCCAUGAGAAUAAAAACUCAGCCCUGUU